AUGAAUGAUAAAAUCAAGAUCUCGGUGAUUGGAAACCGAACAAAAAUCUCCCAGUCGCUUCUAGGUUUGAUAACAGAAGCAGAGGAAGCUACAAAGAGCUACGAAGAGAAGCAUCUCAUUAUAGCAAUAGACUAUAGUGGAAGAUUUGAUAUUUUACAAGCUUGCAAAAGUCUUGCAGAGAAGGCGAAAAACGGGCUGAUCCAAGUAGAGGACAUUGACGAGGAUGUGAUGGAGAAAGAGUUGAUGACAAACUGUAGUGAGUUCCCAAACCCUGACCUAUUGAUUAGAACGAGCGGAGAGCAAAGGAUCAGUAACUUCUUCUUAUGGCAAUCUGCUUACACUGAGCUCUACUUUCCUAACGUUCUAUGGCCUGACUUCGGUGAGGCUGAGUAUCUUGAGGCCUUGACUUGGUAUCAGCAAAGGCAGAGGCGAUUCGGUCUAAGAGUUUAG